AUGACUUCCCCCCAACCUCACAAAUUGAUCGUCGAUAUUGGCACAAAUUCGUACCUUCUUGGAGCCGGGUUGCCAACCAAUAUCAGACUUGUUUCCAGUGGAGGCCCAGAGCCAGUAACUAUCCUCUCUCUUGCUGAAGACGAUGAUAAUAUCACUCCAUCAUGGUUGAAAUCUAAAUAUGAAAAAUUCUCCCAGCUAGACGAUGUAUGGUGCAAGGCUUUUACUCGCCAUGCCUUUGCGCAAAAGAAGCCUGGAGUAUUGAGCUGCGUAACCAGCUUUGGUACGCCUCAGAUCCAGGAUACCGGUACCAAUAGUUUCAGAUACAUAGGAGACCCUCUCCCUACAGGACCUUACAUCUUGAUUGGUUCAACCAUUCAUCCAGUCUAUAGACUGUACUCAGACCCCCUCGGUUCAUUUGUCUGUGGCACCGUACCAACUUCGCUCGGAAGCAAUCGCUACCAGAAAGCACCCAUGAAUUAUAUCCCCGUUCCGUCUCGACUAUACUCGCUAUUAUCGCCCACUCCCCGGGCUCCUCUCGCAGGUAAGCGCAUAGCGGUGAAAGAUAUCUUUGACCUCGAAGGUAUCAAGACCACUGUCUGUAGCAAAGCCUACGAAGCCCUCCAAGAUACAUCAAGCAAGACAGCUCCGUCAAUACAAAAGCUUAUUGACCAAGGAGCUGUGAUAAUCGGAAAGGUCAAGACAACUCCGUUUUCAUCCGGGAUGGGCCCAAGAGAUUGGGUAGACUACCAGCCACCGUUUAAUCCUCGAGGUUGUGGAUAUCUUGAUGCAGACUGUAGUAGUGCAGGGAGUGGUGCUGCACUUGCUGGAUAUGAGUGGUUGGAUUUCACUAUCGGAUCGGAUUCACUCGGAAGUAUGGUGGGUCCAGCGGCAGCUAACGGUCUGUUUGGUAUUAGGCCAACUCAUGGCCGUAUCUCUUGCGAAGGUGUUGUCCCGGUAUCAUCAUAUCUUGAUACGCCUGGAGUUUUCAGUCGGAAGAUAUUAGAUUUCAGUGACGUCACAAGAUUAUGGCUCGGCUCGUCGGAUUCAACACUUUCUUUUGCGAUGCCAACGAAGCUAACCAUCCUUACUGAAACAUAUGCAAGUUAUGUUCCAGAGGUAAAGAAAGUUAUGGAGAACUUUAUACAAGAUUUUGAGAAAGCCACCCAGCUUCGUCGCACUACGAUCACCAUGGAUGAGCUGUGGAUGUCAGAUGCACGAGGAAGCUUGUCCGGAAAGAAGUUUGCGGAGUUUUUCGAUACCACCCUAGCACAUCUUCAACUCUAUGGUCACUACAACAACACGGUCCCAUUUCGAACAGAUUACCGAGAGAAGUUUGGCACUGAGCCAUAUGUCGAACCAUUACUCCGCUACAAAUGGAACCUCGGUGCAGAACUCACCAGCGAACAACAUACCACCGCGCUAGAGGAGAAAGAAAUGUUUACCAAAUUCAUUCAAGAUCAUAUCUUUCGUAACGGCGGGGUCAUGAUCCUACCCUACGGUCAACCAGAUGUGUUUUAUCGUGAUGAGUAUUCUGGUUCUGUAGAGGAAUGGGGUGCGAAAUGGCAAGGAUUCAACGUUCCUGUGACUGCAUUUUCCGCACUUGGUGGGGGACCAGCUAUUUCUAUCCCAGUGGGACAAAGGCUUUACCAUUCGAAAGUUACAGGGGUGGAUGAGUAUCAGCCUGUUGGCUUGAUGUUACUAGGUGCUCCAGGGACGGACGAAUACCUUAUUGACUUGGUGAAGCACGUGUUGGGUACAUCUCAUCGACCCUUGAGUGUCAAGACUGGAAAACUUGCGUUUUGA